AUGCCUGUGCCGCAUGACGGCGCAGGUCGAGUCAAGCGUGUGCGGGCACUACCAGAGAAGAGCGUGUUUGACGACGUCGUAUAUCUCGGCACGGUCAAACGACAUCAUGCCCCACCGCAGAACGGCGACGACGACGUCGUAUAUCUCGGUACCGUCAACCGAGGUCACACCCUGGAAGAAGCGGUUUGCGUUGGUAGUUCAACCGUCCAGGAUACGGCCGGAGGACGACCCGCGGACCAAAGAACCAAAGCCCGAGCGAGGACUUCGAGUAACCGGGGCCCUUCACGCCCGAAGCGCCCAUCUCACGGAGGCGCUAUAUCGACGCCGCAUCCCCUCCGAAACCGCCGGCGAUCCAACGCGCCACACCGAAAAACCAGGAUCCCUCCUCGCAUAGUGGAUGGAUUGGUCAAAUUGGGUUGGUCGCGACGUUUGGAUAGGGGGCGGCAAGAGGUUUACGGCUCUUUCAGCCGCACCGGUCGCUUUUGUUACUGGCUUGAUAUUGCCAAGUCAGACCCGAUUGCCCAGAAGGACGUUCAAUAUGUCACGCGCUUUGGAGGCAUGACAGCGCAGCAAGUCAAAGCUGAAGUCUACCAUCAGUCGAAGUUUGGGUUUGCAGCCGCCCGCACGGAUCCGGGAGACGAGCCGUUCGAGCGAGGCGGCUCUGGUGUUCCCGGGCUGUCACACGUCUGCACGUAUAGUGUCAUUCUGGUGGCCUACGAGACAUCCAUUAUGACGGCGAGCGCUCACCUCGUCGUUUGUCGACUGAGGACCCCGCUCUUUGUGAGCAUCCCUUCCGCCAUCUGUUGGCGGAACCCGACAAUAGCCAUCACCUCGCCGUCUGUCAACGAGCCCGAGAUGGCCACACCUACCGAGCUGCAGCGGUUACAAAAUGUCCUCGACCGCCACGAAGCUGCCUUCCAGCAGGCCGACGCUACGAUCCGCGAUCUCCAAGCUCAGCUCGCAAAGCUCCAGGCUAUUGCGAAGCUCCGGAUCGACAGAGAUACAAUCGGUGGCCCGGAGGCCCAGUUCUUCUACUUGUUUUCUCGUCUCGACGGCAAGACCAAGGCUUUCGUUCUUCCCCAGCUGAACGCGGUGGAUGCCGACGAUGGCGUUGCCCAUGAACCGCAAACAGUCCAUGGUCAACGGGUCGCAUCUUCGAGUCUCCAGACAAGGCCCGCCGGGCUCAAGAUCGACUUGCCGACCUUAAGAUGGGUACCGACGCCUUCGCCGCUUACCUUUCACGUUCAGCUCAACCUCCCGACCGACUACGAAGGCUACGUUAAGUGUGGAUUUGACCGGCAUCUGGACAAAGACUUCAAGGGCGGAGUGGCGCCUUAG